UGGCGGUGGGGGGGACACCCGCAAAACGGAUACCUCAAAAAGGAAGGAUGUGAAAAGGGAUGGAGGGACGCAGGAAAAGAGGGGGGAAAGGCUGGUGAAAAACAGCACCCUCUCUUAGUGCGAUAUAUAUCUGCCUCCCCCCCUCGGCAGGUUGCCAUGGUCGCCAUACCUACUCUCUCUCUCCUAUUGGUCCUGGCAGAGUGGGCAGGUCUGGUGGAUGCCUCCCCCCACCUCCUGCUCCGGCCCAGCCUGCGGGAGCGCGAUGCAGGGGCCAUGAUGAACUUCAACAUCGCCGUGAUCCAUGCCGGUGCUACGGUGCAGGCGGAGGCUGCGGUGGCGGGGCCUGGGGGAAGGGUGCUCUAUCCCGGAUUCGGCCGGGUAUUCGGCUCCCUGGGGGAGAGCGUGGUCACCCAGUGGGGCUCUGCCAACGUCAUCUGGCUACAGGUGAACGACAGUAGUCCUAAGACGGUGCUGUCCCAGCUGUGUGAGCUGCUGGCGGCACGGCCCCUGCAGGGUCUGGUUUAUGAAGAGGAGAGGCCCCCUCGCACAGCCUGGGGUCCUUUGGCCCCCAUGCUGGAGUUUGUCUCUGCGCAAACAGGACUGCCCAUAGUGGCUGUAGGAGGGGGAGCGGGGCUGGGGAGGAUGCCACAGGAAUCAGGUUCCAUCUUUCUCCAGUUCAGCUCCUCUACUGCCCUCCAAUUAGAGGUCAUCUUUGAGGUGCUGGAGGAGUAUGAUUGGACAGCCUUUUCCGUGGUGUCCACGCGUCACCAUGGCUACCAGGACUUCCUGUCUGUGGUGGAGGGUCUGACGGAUGGCUCGUUCAUUGGCUGGGAGAAGAAGAGUGUGGUGAUCCUGAACGUGACCGACGACCCUGGGGGGUCACGCACACGCAGGCUGCUGAAGGAGAACGAGGCGCAGGUACGCUUGCUGUACUGCUCCCAGGAGGAGGCAGAGCUGGUCUUCCGAGCCGCCUGGGCCGCCGGUCAGGCCGGAGCCUCGCACAUGUGGUUUGCUGUGGGGCCAGCUCUCUCAGGUUUGGGCAUGGAGAACCUGCCCCGGGCUCUGUUUGCUGUGCGGCCCCAGGGCUGGAGGGACGAACCUCGCCGGAGGAUUGCUCGGGGUGUGUCUGUGCUGACUCAUGGGGCAGUGGCAAUGCGCAAGGAUUACGGGACCACGGGUGGGCCGAACUUUGUCACCAACUGCAUGACGGAUGCCAAUCAGACCCAGAGACUGCGGGGCAGGAUGAGGUAUUUCGGCAACAUCACACUUGGUGGUCGGGAUUACUCCUUCAAUGGUGACGGUUACCUGUCCAACCCCUUCCUGGAUGUAAUUUCCUGGACACCUGGACGUGGAUGGGAAGAUGUAGGUUGGUGGGAGAACGGCGUGCUGAGGCUUCGGUACCCAGCCUGGUCCCGCUAUGGGCCAUUUCUUAAACCACCUGAUGAUGCCCAGCACCUGCGCGUUGUCACGCUGGAGGAAAGGCCAUUUGUCAUUGUGGAGCUUGCAGACCCCGCAUCCGGGACUUGCAUCCGUGACUCAGUGCCCUGCAGACGACCCCUUAACGCCAGUGCCAUCCAUGAAGGUGUGGCUCCCAUGAAGCAGUGCUGCAAGGGCUUCUGCAUUGACAUCCUCAAGAGAUUGGCCAAGAUUGUCGGCUUCACCUAUGACCUUUACUUAGUGACCAAUGGGAAACACGGGAAGAAAAUUGAUGGGGUUUGGAACGGCAUGAUUGGAGAGGUAGUAUACAAGCGAGCGGACAUGGCCAUUGGCUCUCUGACUAUCAAUGAGGAGAGGUCAGAGGUCGUGGAUUUCUCUGUCCCUUUUGUGGAGACGGGGAUCAGUGUAAUGGUCUCACGUAGCAACGGAACUGUUUCGCCAUCCGCUUUCUUAGAACCCUACAGUCCAGCGGUGUGGGUGAUGAUGUUCGUCAUGUGCCUGACCGUGGUGGCUGUGACCGUCUUCAUUUUUGAGUUCUUCAGCCCUGUGGGCUACAACCGCAGUCUCGAGACUGGCAAGAAAGCUGGAGGGUCUACAUUCACCAUAGGAAAGUCUGUAUGGCUUUUGUGGGCCAUUGUAUUCAACAACUCUGUGCCAGUGGAGAACCCCAGAGGAACCACCAGCAAGAUCAUGGUUCUGAUCUGGGCCUUCUUUGCUGUCAUAUUUCUGGCUUCCUACACUGCUAACCUGGCUGCCUUCAUGAUCCAGGAGGAGUACAUUGACACAGUGUCAGGCCUCUCGGACAAGAAGUUUCAGCAUCCCGAGGAGCAGUACCCACCUCUAAAGUUUGGCACGGUGCCCAACGGGAGCACAGAAAAAAACAUCCGCUCCAACUACCCAGACAUGCACCAGUACAUGGGCAAAUACAACCAGAGAGGAGUGGAGGAGGCCAUACUGAACCUUAAGACCGGGAAACUGGAUGCUUUUAUUUAUGAUGCUGCAGUAUUGAACUAUAUGGCCAGGAAGGACGAAGGUUGUAAGGUGAUGACCAUAGGCUCGGGGAAGGUUUUUGCCACCACAGGCUACGGUAUCGCCCUGCACAAAAACUCACGCUGGAAACGUCCUCUUGACCUGGCUCUGCUGCAGCUGGUGGGAGAUGAUGAGAUUGAGAUGCUGGAGCGCCUCUGGCUGUCUGGUAUCUGCCAUAAUGACAAAAUUGAGGUGAUGAGCAGUAAACUGGAUAUUGACAACAUGGCCGGGGUCUUCUACAUGCUGCUGGUGGCUAUGGGCCUCAGUCUGCUUGUGUUUGCCUGGGAACACUUGGUCUACUGGAAACUGCGCCACUGCAUGGCCACCAGUUCUGGCAAAUUGGAUUUUCUCCUGGCAAUCAGCAGGGGCAUGUAUAGCUGCUGUAGCUUUGAGGAUGAAACAGUGCCAGGUGGAGCUAAAUCUUUGCCUACUCAUCACCACACUGCAAUGGUUACAGUCCCAUCCCAGCCACAUGUUGUCUCAACGUCUAUGACCAAUCCAACAAUUGUCAUGGCACAGCAGCAGCAACCACCACAACAGCAACAACCGCAGCCCGUCUACAAAACACCUCUACCGGGCUCUCCUCCCACCGUGGUGCAUUCUGGGACAGCACUGGGUCCCUCCAACACACCCAUUGCUGGUGCACCCCUCCCGUGCUCCACCUUCCUGCCCCGGCCAGACCGCAGACUGGCUGUGGUGGAUCGCUGGAGGCUACCCAAAACUGCUACAGCCACCAACCCAAUGGCUGUAAGAGGGGCCAUCACUGACAUGGGACCCUUUGCUCAGAAAGUACCACCAAACUGGGCUUCAACAGCUGGAGGGAGUGGGGGACUUGAUGGUUAUAAGAGAUACUAUGGUCCCAUUGACCCUGAGGGACUGGGGCCCUGCAUGGAGCAGCAGGCAGGGUCCCAGACCCCCAAGACUAUGCCUAGGGGCCACCCCCAACCCCCUCCAGCUAGUGUGGCCUUCUACUCAGAGAAGGGAAUGGACCAUGGGGUGGGGAAGAAGGUGGUGGGAGGUGGCAGCGGAGGUCAGGGGAAAGGGGCCGUUAAACCUCUGGGCACUCCCAGACUGCCUCCUAAGAGUCAGGCCCCUCUGCCUCCUACACCCCCGCUGCCACACCCCUCUCCCCCUCUCCCCUCAUCCUUCUGGAGGAAGCGCAGGCCCAAGAAGCCCAAAGAGCCUGGAGGGCCCCUAUAUGAGAAUAUUCUGCCCCUGGGGCGGAGGGGAGGAGCACGAGAUGGAGUGAGGGAGGGAGGAGGGAGGAGGGCACGCCCCCUCUCUCCCCCGCUCUCACUUCCUGUGCCAGUUCCCCUCAGCCCUUCAUACACCCCUCCUUCUCCUUCUGCAUCCUUGCACUAUACGUCCUCGUCCUCUUCGUCGACCACCUCAUCCACAUCCACGUCCUCAUCCGCCUCAUCUUCUCGCUCCACCUCUCCCACCUACUCUUACAGCUCCUCCAGGAGCACACGAGACAGGACUGGAGGAAUAGAUGGAGAGGAUGAUGAUGAUGAUGAGGAGCUGACGGAGGAGUCAAGCCUCCUCCUUGGCAGGGGGAGGGAAAGGGAACGCUCAAUCAUCCGGCCUCGAUCCUUCAGUCACGGGCGCCUGCCACCACCCAUACCCCCCAGGAAACCACGCACAUCCUGGGGUGACAGAGAAAGGGAACGAGAGAGGGAGAGAGGGGGAAGCCAACUGUCUCAGCUCCAAGAGUGGUGGGCAAGCUGGAGUGAGAGAGAGAGGAGUGGAGCUGGUGGUGAUGCUGAGAGGCAAAAAAGGGAAAAGAAGAGGAGAAAAGAGAAGGAGAAAGAGAAGAAGAAAAAGAAAAAGAACAAAAAGAGGAAAAAGAGGGAAGAAAGGGAAAGAGAGCGAGAGAGAGAAAGGAAGAGGCGAAAGGUGAAAAAGAAGAAGAAGAAAUAUCGGAGCACAUUUGGGGAAAAGGGGCGGGAUUCAUGGGAAGGAGAGAGGGAGAGAGGCAGGAGAGAAGGAGGAGACGAGGGCAAUGAAAGGGAACAGGAGGACAGCAGCAGAAGCAGGGAGAGGCGUCCCAAAUCCUCACGCCCUCAUUCCAGACAUCAUACCCCCAAUAAGCGCUACCCUAACCUUACCAAACUCCCUGCAUCAGUCAAAUUUUGGGUGAAUGGGAGAGGAGAUAAUUCUAAUACUCCUCCAACAUCCCUCCACCCACUCCUUCCAUCCUCCAAACGGAGAAGAAGUGGAGGGAUGGACAGAGAAGACAGUGGGGAGUUUGGACGUUUUGAAAGAUACUGGGAAGGAGGUGCAGGGGGAAGCAGCACUGGAAUAGGGGGCAUAGGUGGAGGAGGCUGGUUCUUUGGCACCUACCCCUCUAGAGAGAAAGGGGGCAGUAUCAACAGUCGGGAUGAUUCCUUACUAGGAACUCGGGCAGAGGGAUGGAUUGGUACUGAUUUCUGGGGCUCUGGUCCAGGAGUAGGCUGGGGAUCAGGGGGAGGGAGUGGAGGGCUCGGCUCACAGUGGCCGCCACCCCCUGCAGCCUUCCCUCCUCCUAGAAGAUACUGGUCUAUGGACAAGAUCCCUGUGAAGGGAGAAAAAAAGUGGAAGAGUGGAGGAGGGAAGAGCAAAGGGCGAGCUAGGGACAGAGGGGACGAAGCAGGACGGGCCACCAUGUGUUCCUGUAGCCUCUACCCCCAACCCCAUCCUUACCCACACCCACACAGCCGCUCACACACCUCACACUCCAAGAGAGGAACCACGGCGCUUUCCCAUAGCCAGGAAGAGCUUCUCCCCCACUGCCACAGCUUCAGCGGAGUUUUUCGCCCAAAGCCUCUGCCCCCCAAACCAGAUCCCAGCCAGGCCAAAUCAGGCAGCCAAUCUAACCUCAGCCUCAGCACACAACCCACAGACCAUCCACCACAGCCCUCACCGUCGCCACCCCAGCAGCCGUCCAUGUCUCCCACCUCCCUCCCGAUGCCCAUCCCACCUCCGCCCUCCUCAUCCUCCGUCUCACCACCAGCAGGGGUAGGGAUGGCAGGCCAGGGCCAAGCUCAGGCUUCGGCCAGUGCCAAACUCCAGUAUCAGAGACUGCGCUCAGUGCCACAGCCACGGAGGUUCUACUCCCCCCACCUGCCACUCAAAGCCAAGAGCCUGUGCUCGCGCCGAGGGUCGGCCCACUUCUCCAGCUUGGAGAGCGAAGUAUGA